AUGCUGCCUGCCUUUGCUUGCUCUGCAAGCGUUGGCCCAAACUCACCCGCGCGCAGCAGCAGCAGCAAGAGAAGCGCAGCCGCGCCGCUGCGCCAGUACACGAAGCGCCCCGGGAGGAGCCGAAACCCCAUCCGGACCGAGCGCAGCCCCACUUUCUCUCGCAGGCAUCUGGAGGAGGGACCCGAAAGCGCAGAUUCAGCACGGCUGGAGUGGGGGGCCACCUGGGGGUUGCUCAAGGCCAAAUGCCCCUUGGCUCUGGGAACAGAUGGAGUAGACCCACCGAAUCAUUACAUACCAGGAGACCAUGUCAUUAGUGCGGUCAUCUCUGCAACACGUGCUAUGUUUCGACGAUACACUUUCAACAAGGCUCCCUCUGACGGAGUUUUCUGGAAAGGAUCUACGGAUUACUGGAAGAUCCUGUCCUUCUUGUUCGCCACUGAGGAGAUCAACCAGAAUCCCAGUCUCUUACCCAACAUCACCCUGGGCUACAGCAUCCAUGAGAACUAUUUCAAUGCAAGAAUGACUUCUUAUGCUCUGCUAGACCUGCUCUCUCCUGGGCAGGUGAAUAUUCCCAACUACACCUGUGGAAGGCGGAAUCGCCUGUUGGCACUUCUGGAAGGGGCUGAAUCCGACAUUUCCAUCCAGAUCUCAACGACUUUGGGCAUCUACAAAAUCCCGCAGCUUCACCCUUACUUGAAAAAUCCCCCGUUUUACAAUACUUCCCUCACUGAUGGAGUGUAUUUGGAGGAGAACGGAGACCUGGCAGCUGACUUUGACAUCAUGAACUGGGUGAAGUUUCCCAACAGGUCUGUUGUUAGAAUGAAGUUUGGGAGUCUAGGAAGACAGGAAUCCCCAGGCCUCAAGCUCACCGUGGACCAGGAGGCCGUGGUGUGGCCCCAAUGGUUCAACAAGCCCCUGCCUCCGUCCAGGUGUGUGGAAAGCUGUGGUCCCGGCUUCUUCAAGGUGGCUCAGGAAGAAAAGCCAGUUUGCUGCUACGACUGUGUUCUUUGUGCAGAAGGAACCAUCUCCAAUCGGGAAGAUGCAGAACGUUGCACCAAGUGCUCAGACGAUCAGCAUCCAAACAAGGACCGAGAUCACUGUAUCCCAAAGGAUAUAACCUUCCUGUCCUAUGAAGAAACAUUGGGGAUCAUCCUGGCUUCUCUUGCCCUAUUCCUGUCUUUAACCACAGGCUUGGUCUUAGGAAUCUUCUUUAAAUUCCUAGAAACUCCCAUAGUCAAAGCCAACAACCAGGACCUCUCCUACGUUCUCCUCAUCUCCCUCCUGCUUUCCUUCUUGUCCUCCUUCCUCUUCAUUGGCUGGCCAAAGAAAGCGACCUGCCUCCUCCGGCAAACGGCCUUCAGCAUCAUCUUCACAGUUGCCGUCUCUUCACUGUUGGCCAAAACAAUCACUGUGGUGUUGGCCUUCCUCGCCACAAAGCCAGGCAACAGGGUUAGGAGGUGGCUAGGGAAGAGGUUGGCCAACUCUAUAGCCAUUUCAUGUUCUGGUGUCCAAGUUGUCAUCUGUACCCUUUGGCUGGGAUUCUCUCCCCCGUUUCCAGAUUCUGACCUGCACUCCCAGCCUGGAGAGAUCAUCCUGCAAUGCAAUGAAGGAUCUGUCGCCAUGUUCUAUGCUGCCCUUGGCUACAUGGGCUUCCUGGCUGCCAUCUGCUUCACGGUGGCCUUCCUAGCCAGGAAGCUGCCUGGGUCCUUCAAUGAAGCCAAGCUGAUCACCUUCAGCAUGCUGGUCUUCUGCAGCGUCUGGGUGUCCUUUGUGCCCACCUACCUGAGCACCAAGGGGAAAUACAUGGUGGCCGUGCAGGUCUUCUCCAUCUUGGCCUCCAGUGCUGGGCUCCUGGGCUGCAUCUUUCUUCCCAAGUGCUACAUAAUUAUACUGCGGCCAGAUUUGAAUACAAGGGAACAUCUUGUAAUGAAAACCAAAAUAUAA